UGUCCGACCUGUUUUAUCUUCCCCCUGUCGUCCUGUCCCCGUGGUUUGGACACAAAUACAUGUCCUUUAAAACUGAGAUCAAACUCCCGAAUAAAGGCGAAUAAAGCGCGUACGUCGGAUGUGAGCCGUUGCCAUGGGAACAGAUGCAGACGGUGACGCGGAGGUUUUCUGUCCGAGUGAAGAAGACGUUCACAAGUGGAUGAACUGCGCCUUCGACAUGGCCAAAGACGCUCUGUCCAAUGGUGAAGUCCCAGUGGGAUGUCUACUGGUCCACCAGAACCAGGUCAUAGGGAGAGGACGGAACCAGGUCAACCAGAGCAAGAACGCCACCCGUCAUGCAGAGAUGGUCGCCGUGGAUCAGCUGUUGGACUGGUGUCGCCAUAGAAACCGUGAUGUGAGAGCCGUGUGUGAGCGGACAGCGCUGUACGUGACCGUGGAGCCGUGUGUGAUGUGCACCGCAGCACUACGUCUGCUACAUGUCCCUGUGGUCGUGUUCGGAUGCAGGAAUGAGCGUUUCGGAGGCUGUGGGUCAGUUCUGGACGUGGCCUCUGCAGAUCUACCCCGGACCGGGACCAAGUUUAAGUUUGUUCCAGGACACAGAUCAGAUGAAGCCAUUCAGAUGUUGAAGACGUUUUACAAACAGGAAAACCCCAACGCUCCUAAACCUAAAACCAGGAAGGACUGAUUGGAUCCAUUCCACCCUCUGUCCUGCAUUUAUUAUAUAUGUUAUUUCGUGUUUAAUGAAAGCUUUGAUAUGAAGGUUUGUGUUGUUUCCUGUUCCGUCCACCAGUGGGAGCUCUAGGUUCAAACUUUGGUCCUUUGUCAGCUUCAUUUAUUCUUUUCUUUUCCUUUCUUUUCUACAGAUGUAAAUGAAAUACUGCAGAUUUAAGUCAAUAUUUAAUCUGUUUUAAUUUCUGUUUUUAUGAACCUGAAAUUUACACCAACAUUAGAAACAGAACUUUAAUAUUUAUUUAAUAUAGUUUUUUUCUCCAGGUUAAAAACACUUUCAUGUUCCACAGAAACACUUAUUGAUCUGAUAUUUAAUUGAACAUCUUUGUUUUCCUGUAAAUCUAAGGUUUGUUUGUUGGUUUGAGUCACAUGAUGGCAUUGGUUCUGAUGCAUUUGAGUCCAACGACAGAAAACCUGGAAUAAAACAGGUUAUAAAAUAAAUGAAUAAAUGAUCAAAUAAAACUGAUCAGGUUGAAUAAACGGAGGGAAGAUAAAUGAAGAAAGGCACCAUUUCAUUGUUUGAACCCGAGGUCGAAGGUUUAGUAAAAACAUGUGGGUUAGUUUGAAAAUAUGAUGGAAAAUAUGGAACCAAAAUAAAGAUGAAAAUCUAACUUUUUUGUUUUAUGAAAAAAAAAAAAAAAUUUGCAUUUUUUUUAAACUUUUGGCAACAAUAAUGAACAACAAUAGUUCUAUAGUUAAUAUAAAUAAUAUAACUGAUAAAGUAUGAAUUGAUUAAUAAAUAAUAUGUAAUAAAUCUAAAUAAAAGGCCAUAGUUUUGGUAACAUUUGGGACUAAAUCCAUUCAUGUUCAUUUAAUUCUGCAUUUUAAUUGAGAUUUAUUUAUUGGUUUUUUUUAGUCAAAGAUGAUAUUGUUUUCAAGUAGAAUUAGAACAAAUAGAUUUUCAUAUUUAAUCUAAAAUACUUUUACUCAUAUCUUUUCCAUUAUCGGUUUAUCGGUGGUUGAUGGUUUUCUGGUGUUUUUGUCAUGAGGCGGGUGUUAAAUGUGUGAUUGACAGCUGCAGUGACCAAUCACAGACCUGGAUGGGACUCCACUGCAUCAUUUAAACCAUCUGUUUUUUUCCUGUUUUUUGUCUAAAUUAAAGGUAUGACUUCACA